AUGGAUAUACCCAACACUGGAGCCAUUUUUACGCUAGGAAAAUCUCACUUGGCUGAGAAUACGCAGAGCUAUUUUUACAUUAAGCAGGACCCAAUUAAGAGAUUGAUAUCUGGACCUCAUCAAAGCGCUGUAAUAUGUGAAAGUGGUCGACUAUUCGUGUGGGGUGAAAAUCACUAUGGACAGCUGGGUAUAGGAAGUCAAUCAAAUCACAACAACAACAAUGGCAAAAACAAAAGUUCAACUAAUUCCGGCGAUAUAAUAACUAAACCGACAUGCGUUAAAUCACUGAAAACCUUGGGUUUGAAAAUUGCCGAUAUCGCUUUUGGCAAAGAGUGGUCCAUAAUACUCACCCAUUCAAAUGAAUUAUUCUUCACUGGUCGCAACAUUUUUCCCUCUGGGUUGAAUGUGGCACGCAACUUUACCACGGCUACCGUGGAGGAUGAGGAAUGCGAAAUCAUACGUAAACCAUUUCGGAUUGAGGAGUUGGAAGAUUGUCUAGCAAAAAAUGAAGAUGCGGAGUGCUAUACGAACGUAUUGGCCGGUAAUGAGCACUUUGUCCUGAUGACCAGUUUUGGUCGCCUUAUUGCGUGGGGAUCUAAUCAAAACUUUCAGCUAGGUUUGGUCAAUGAUGACGAUGUUCAAAUGCCGCAUGAAAUAAAUCUAGGCGCACCAGUGCAGCAAUUCGUAUGUGGGCCGGAAUCGACGUUGGUUCUGACCACAAGCGGCAAACUCUACUUCACUGGUCAUCUUAAUGAAUUUGUCUUUUCACAAUUUACUGAGCUACAGCAAAAUCUCGCGCCUACGGAACAAAUAAUUUUCAUGCACAUCUCUAAAACAAAUGAAAUUUAUAUAGUGACCAAUGCUGGCAGCAUCUACCGCAGCAUCGAAUCGUUACGUACUAAAAGUCUAAUAUUUCAGCGAUUUUACGAUUAUGAUAGCGAAGAAAAUGGACCUAUUUGGAAAUUAUUGAAAGGUUUUUCGUUCUAUGCUGUUUUAACAAAAGCCAACAAAUUUUAUACUACAUUUUCUGAAAGUGGUCAUCAUCUUAAAACGUUUCGUGAAAUUUCCAAAUUCAAAAAUUUACGGCUUCUAGAUGUAGCAGUUGGCAAUCAACACGUUUUGGUACAUGGGAUACCGCGUUCUUCUACAAUAUCGGCAGACGUAGGGUCUGGCGCUGAGCCACAUCAUUUCGCUAGCCGCACAUUUGUAUUACCAGCGACUAUAAUGAAUGGAUCGGCACAAAGAAACCGGAAGAGGGACAACAAUACAGCAAAAGUUGAAAACAACGAUAAUGAUUUAGAUGAUAUGAAAGCCACAAAAAUAGCGGAUGUUAAUAGUAAUCUGCUGACAAACAAUUUAGCAGACGAAAAAUCUAAAUUGGAAGAUGAAACUCCAGAUACAAAAGUAAAUACGGCCAAAAUUAAGUGGAAUGGUUCGGAAACAAAGGAGGAAGAGCCUCCCGAAGAAUCCUCUUUUGAUCAGCCUAAAGUAGAAGAGCUUUCACAAACAAGCGGACAGAUUAGAGUCGAUACUUCUUGUAAUGUAGCCGAGUUCGAAGAAAAUGUUCAUAAAGAGGUAAACGGUAGCGAUAAUAAAGAAAAUACAAAUGCAGUGGCCGACACCGCUAGUUUAUCGCACAAUGAAGCAAAAUCGCCAACUGAAUCAGAAAAAUCAAAACAAUCUCCACAAUCAGUAAAAUUUGUUCCAGCGGUUGUGGACAAAAAAGCUUCGCCAACAAAUGAAAAAUUGUUAAGACCGCACACUCCCUUCCCAGAGAGCAGCACAACCGGAAGUACACCGACAACUGUUAAGAAAAGUCCGUUGCGCAACUACUCUUACGAAGCAGCCAUGGAUAACGAUCGUAUUGAUAACACUUCACCUGCCCUUAUGGAAAGUUUAGAAAAUAUAGCUGAAAUAAUGGAAGGUGAGAGAGUGGACAGUGCAGUUAAAAAAGCACUGGCCUCGGCGUCUACAAUGCCAUUUGAGGAAGACGAGCAGUUAACAGUGGAAAUAAAUACCACAACUGAUCCAUUAAAUAGUACUAUUGUCGUUAAUGAAAUUCGUUUCAUAAAUAAUGGUGUCGAUGUAACAGACAAUGUUAAGGCGGAAUCACUUGAAAGAGGAGAUACUGAAAGUACUUGCGAUUCGUCAGAAGAGCAAAUGGAGGACAUUGACAGAAAGUCGACAGAAGCACUAAAUAAUUCAAGUAAAAAUCACAAAGCAAAUGAAGAGGAUAUUGAUAAUACUGGAAACAUAUUAAAUAAGAAAAUUCAACAAAUUGAAGUUGAUGUCACUGGGAUGAGCAAUGAACUGGAAACCGAAGAAAAUAAGAUGGAUGCAGAAGUAAAGCACUUAAUUCAGUCGUCAGUAACGCACGAGGAAGCUGUCUCAGAAUUAAAGGACGACAUAUGUGCAAAAGCAGAACAUAUGAGUGAAGAUGUCACUACGGCACAAGCAGAGUUGAAGUCACAUACUGAGAAGGUAAGUGAGACUUUGACCGACAAAAUUGAAGGUGCUGCCAAAAAAGCUGGUACUGCUGCCGUCGAUGUACGCGACACGGUGGAGACAGCAGCGAAACGUGCUGCGGCAGGUGCGCGUGAUGCCGCCGAAAUGGUAGGAGAAAAUGCCAAACAAGUAGCUAACGACACAAAAAAUACAGUAGAAAGUAUAGGUAACAGCGCAAGAAAAGUUGCAACUGGGGCCAAAAACGCCGUCGGUAACGUUUUCAUCAGAAUGUCUGAUGGUACCAAAGAUGCCGUAGACUCCGUUGCAACUAAAAUUGCCAACGAAGUUCAGGAUGCUAAGGAAAAUAUCAAUACAAUGUUGCAUGGCAAAAGCCUGAAGCCACCUCCAGUUGAGGAAGACGCAUUGUCAUCAGCAUCAGAAGCUGCAUCCAAGGAAGGAGGUCCAAAAACAAAUACCACCACCGGCGAGGAUGACGAGCGAACUACAGCAUCCGUGAAUUCAAAUCAAAACUCGAAUAGUAAUCCUUUUGAAGGAAGCAAUCCAUUUGAAAGUUCAGACCCCUUCGACGAUGUCAUCGAACGUGGUAAAAAGGCAUUGCAGAAUGAAACACACACUGUGCAUCAAGAAAUAGCACAAGAUACAGAAAAGGGGAAAGGUAAAGUACGCCAGUUUUUUAAUGAAUUUCGUGGAAUAUCCUGUCGUAAUGAAAAAUCAGUAGCAGUCGACGAUGAUCCACCACGAUAUUCUGUGGAAGACAAGUAUCUCACACCUGUACAUCGCGACCAACAACAAAACAACACAUCCAAAGUUUGCUCAAUUUUAUAAAGACUCCACUAAAAAUACCAUCACAGACUUAGAA